AUGGCGCCUGGAAACUGGAACUUCAAGUCAUUGACACAGCUAGAGACGUGGAGAUUCCGGAAAGAAGCCCCAGAGCCAUCGGCUGAAGAGCAGGAGAGGAUGGACCCUCAUCAGCGCCUCAUGCUCCGGUACAAGGAGUGCCCGAUCUGGGUGUAUGGCUUUGUGCUUCUGAUAUCCAUUGUCGUCGGCCUCAUUUGCAUCUACGAGGCCUCCUCCGGCAUGUCAUGGUGGGCCUUUUUGAUAGCUGUGGCCAUGGCGUCUGUUUUGAUCUUGUUCAUGGGUGCUCAAGCCGGCAUGACAGGUUUUCAGCUUCCAGUGCAGCCGAUUAUCCAAAUGAUUGGUGCGUAUCUUGAGCCGGGACGACCGUUGACAAACAUGUACUUCACGCUUUACGGGUACAACUCGGUUGGCCAGGGUUUGUUGUUGCUCAGGGAUCUCAAACUCGGUCAAUAUGCCAAGUUGUCCCCGCGUUGUACUCUCACAAUGCAACUUGUUGGGACUUUGGUUGGAUCAAUUCUAAACUACUUCAUCAUGGUUUCCAUAACCGACGCACAGCGGGAUAUCCUUCUGUCGAUUCAGGGUACACACAUCUGGUCUGGAGCUGGCCUACAAUCUUUCAAUACUCAAGCAAUUACUUGGGGCGGAUUGGCAAAGCAUAUGUACAGCUGGGGAAGCAGAUAUCAAUGGGUCCCCCUGGGGCUGGUGCUGGGCUUUGUGGCGCCGCUGCCAUUCUACAUCCUGCACAAGAUAUUCCCCAAGAUGUACUUCAAUAAGAUCCAUGUACCAAUUGUUGCAUGGCAUGUCGGCUGGCUUGUAACUGGCAUCAACUCGGCGAUCAUCAGCUUCUUCCUGGUAGCAUUCUGGAGCCAGUGGUACCUCAGGAGGUGGAAACCAGACUGGUUCCUCAGGUUCAAUUAUGUGCUGUGUGCGGGACUGGACGGAGGCACGCAAGUGAUCAUCUUCAUCCUGACGUUUGCACUAUUUGGAGCGAGCGGCAAGUCGGUGCCGUUUCCAAACUACUGGGGCAACAAUGCCAAUGGAAACCUCGAUUAUUGCAAGGUCGAUCCUGCCAAUGGCUGA